CCGGCUGCCCGGCAUGGCUCUGUGCUGCGCGCUGCGGCCGCCGCUCGCCCUGCUCAGCCUGCCCGCUCGGCACCGCAGCCUGGGGACAGCCACAGCGGCGCCGCGGGACGGGAAGAAAAAGGCCAGGGUGAGCCGCAGCCUGCCAGAGCCUUCCUGGGAGGAGAGGUUAGCAAAUGCAGUGACACCACUGUGGAGACUUUCCUACCAAGAGCAGCUACAGGUAAAGUAUGAAAGCCAGAAGAAGAUUUUGCAGACACUGGCAUCUCGUCUUGAGGAGCUGGGCAUAGAUGCACAGAAACCUGGUGGGCUCUGCUGUCCUCUGCAGCCUGUAGUCCCUUCGCCCAUCAUUAACGGCUACCGAAACAAAUCAACGUUCUCAGUGAACCGAGGACCAGAUGGGAACCCCAAAACUGUGGGGUUGUAUGUAGGAACUGGCAGAGAAAGAAAUAUUGUCUGUGUGAAAGCCAACCAUGUGGAGAACAUACCCUCAAAACACAAACAAGUAGCCCAGUGCUAUGAGGAGUUCAUCUGUCACUCCCCUCUGGACCCGUGCAUCCUCUUCCAUGAAGGUGGACACUGGCGGGAGCUCGUGGUUCGUACCACUCGCUGUGGCCACACUAUGGCUAUCAUCACCUUCCACCCCCAACAGCUGGGCCAGGAGGCACUGGCUACUCAGAAAGCAUUGCUGAAGGAGUUCUUCACAUGUGGGCCUGGAGCAGUCUGUGCCUUGACAUCACUUUAUUUCCAAGAGAGCACCAUGACACGUUGCUCCCACGAGCAGUCCCCGUACCAGCUCCUCCACGGAGCGCCGCACAUCUUCGAAGAGCUGCACGGCCUGAAGUUCCGCAUCUCUCCAGACGCCUUCUUCCAAGUCAACACGGCUGGAGCAGAAGUUCUGUACCAGGCAGUUGGGGAGCUCUGCCAGGCUACUGGGGACACUGUCCUCCUUGACAUCUGCUGUGGAACAGGCACAAUUGGUCUCUCUCUGGCUCACCAAGUGUCCAAAGUUAUUGGUGUUGAGGUGGUGGAGAAGGCAAUAGAGGACGCUGAGUGGAAUGCAGCAUUCAAUGGGAUCUCAAACUGUGAGUUUCACAGUGGAAAGGCAGAGGCUGUGUUACCACAGCUCUUGGCAUUGUGGGAGGAUGCCCGACCGCUUGUUGCUGUGGUGAACCCUUCUCGGGCUGGCCUACAUCACAGGGUUGUACGAGCCAUCCGGAACUGCAGGUCCAUCCGCAGGCUGCUCUACAUCUCCUGCAAGCCAGAGGGUGAAGCCAUGAGGAACUUCCUCGAGCUGUGCUGCCCACCUGACCCACAGAAGAAGCUGGCAGGGGAGCCAUUUGUCCCUGUGCUGGCUAUUCCUUUUGACAUGUUUCCUCACACCGUUCAUUGUGAGCUGGUGCUGCUGUUCACCCGCUGACAAGAAGGCAGGAAUGAGCUCUGAGAGCUUGGGAAGCAACCUCCUCCUGUCCUGAAGAGCCAAUGGAGUUAGGAUUUUAAGUUAUUUUGUGUGCAGUUGUAUAAAAAUAAAUAAUUUUGUUUUUUCUCUUACUUUGGGUUGCCUAGCAACACUGUUCUGUAAAGAACUACUUGGAUUUCUGGGGUGAAAAGGUUCUCUGUAGCAUUUCCUCACCCUUCCUUCCCCUGCAAACCUUGGGCUGCUAUUUAAAGGAGCCUGGAAAAGACACUCUCCCUGUGUUGAGGAAUAUGUAGCUCGGUGUUCAAGCUGCAAAUUUUGCCCUGGAUAGUGGGAAAUCACUGGAGCCCCAGGCAAGGAGCCGUGAAUGGGCACUGACCUUGUGCCUAACGAAGGACACAGGACUUCCAGCCCUGGCUGGGUGUGGAUGGCUUCUCACCCACAAACUGCACAAAGCAAUGAACAAUGAGAAGACACCAGACUGUAAUUUUCCACUGGUCAGAGCGGUUGUGGGAGAUUUAGGUUGGAAGAGUAUGAAAGCCCAGGGAUUCCUUUGCUGGGGUCCCUGCCCAGAGGAGGCACCAGCUUCAACAAUGAGUUUUUUCUAUAAAAUUAAGUAAAGAGAACAGAUUUCAGUGUCUCUCUUUUCACAUCUGCCUCCCUCUUCUUCACUAAUGAUUGCUGAUACCUAAAUAUGAAGUGCCCUGUGAAAAUGUCAGCUGCAAUAUUUUUCUUCUUCAGGAUGUUCUGCAAUAGCUAAUUAAAAUUUGUCUUCUGUUUUGUAUGUGUCCUGUUCUGCUCACAGUGUUAUAUUUCUCCAGCUCUUCAGAGAUGGAGCUGCUGUAAUGUGAAGGGGAGUCUAAAUGAGCAGAGUUCCCUUG